UAGGACAUUAAAAGUUCCACAUGAGAUAUUUGGUGUAAGGAGGAGGUGCACCCAUGUACUCCAGCUGUGAUUUGACCAUAGGAUUUGACACUUGGCUAUUUGCAAUGAACAGGCAUCAACAUGGCCAUAAACACUGAUACCUGACUAUUAGGAUUUCUACGAAAUCGAGGUGUACCAGAACAGUGCCUCUCACGCAUGGAACAAGACCAUAUUGAUGCCACAGUCAUCGACUUUAUGGAUGAUGACGCUCUGGCUGGCUACAUCCCAACAUAUGGAGAUCGGAUAGCAGCAAGACGCUUCUGUUUGGAAAACAAAGGUGCAAAUGAAAACGCAAAAACAUCAAAAAAACAAUCACUGCUUGAAAAACUAAAGAAAAAGAUGGGCAUCGAUGAGAAUGAUGAUAAGAAAUCUGAUAAUGAGGAGACUUCUGCAGCAAAGCGUAAAAGAAUUUAUGCAAAAAAGAACAAAUGGGCUGAAAAAAAGACCAGAAGAGUUGAGUUGGGGUGGAUUCAUGAAGGCAAACAAGUAAGAAAACGCAGAGGAGGGGGAACAAGGGUACUUGAUCUACCCAAAGAAUCAAGAAAAGCUGACAUAUUACAGUAUGCUAAAGACCUUUUCUUCCCAAAUGGAAAAAAUAAAUUUGGAAGAUUUGAGACAUUCAGUCAUGACAUAUUAGACUAUCAGGAGGAAGCUGUACUUGAUGAAGAUAUCACAAUUGGGGACCUGUACACAGUAUUAAAAAUGGGAAUGUUAAGAUUUUACCUGUGCACUAAGAGCCUGACAGAUGAGGAUGAUGAAGAACAUGAUGAGGAAAAAUCAGAUGAGAACAAUGAUGUACAACUGGGAAACACACGUGAAGAAGAUGAGCAUCUCACUCAAACAGUUGUCAUCCUGUCACCAGAUUUGAAGGAGGUUGAUGCAGAUGCAUUUUCAGACACCGAGGUGGUGUUUGGUCCCUUCCUUGGAGAUCCCACGGAUAGUCAAUUGGAUGACACAUUGUUACAUGAACCCAGUCAGCAGUUUGAAGAUGAUGAGACAGCAGUUAUAUCCAUCACACUUCCCCCAACAAGCACAGUAGGCAAUCCUCCAGACACAGAAUCUGUAGGUGACACAGCAAGCACCUCUGCAGCAUCAUAUGAAGUUGUCUCUAUCACAAUAAAACUUCAUAGGGUCAAUCUUCUGGAGGAGAUGAUUAGCCAGUUCAAAGAUUCAACACUCCUCAAACACCCCCUGAAAUACACCUACAUUGAUGAAAAAGGAGCUUGCGCAGACGGUGUCUCAAGAGAUGUGUAUGCUGCAUUUUGGACGGAGUUCAUGGACCAAACAGCUGAAGGGGAGGACCUAAGGGUUCCAUCACUGUCUCCUAAAUGGCAGGAAGAAGAAUGGAAAUCCAUUGGCCGGAUUCUACUGAAAGGAUUUCAAGACCAUGGAUACUAUCCCUGUCGCCUUGCCCCUGUUUUCACAGUGGCACUUAUUUUUGGUGAGAAUGAAGUCUCAGAUGAUAUGCUGUUUGAGAGUCUGCUCCUGUACAUAAGUCAGUCAGAUAGGGAUCUGAUAACCACUGCCUUAAAAGAAGAUCUUGUAGAUGAGGACAGGGAUGAACUACUUGAUCUUAUGGAUCGCUUGGAUGUAACAACGCUUCCAACUCAAGGGAAUUUGAAAGGCAUCCUUCUAAAAGUGGCACACAAGCAGCUGAUCCAAAAACCAAGAUAUGCAGCAGAAAAAAUGUCAUUAAUUGCUGGCCACUUCCUAAAAGAAGCAUUUGUGAGCCCACAACAUGUCCUUCAAAUGUAUGAGGAUAAAAAGCCGUCAACAAGAAAGCUUUUGAAGUUGCUAGAUGCAUCCCCUACCACCCAAGCGGAGAGCCAAAGCUUUCGUUUUCUGCAACAGUACAUCAGAGGACUCGAUGAUGCAGGACUCAGAAGGAUGUUAAGGUUUGUCACAGGGUCAGAUGUUAUCUGUGUCAACAGGGUUGAAGUCCUGUUCACACCAUUAGAUGGACUGGCACGACGACCAGUAGCGCAUACCUGUUAGCCAGCCCUGGAACUGCCAUGGACAUACACUUCCUACCCAGAACUACGCACUGAAAUGGACAGUUUACUGGCUGCUGAAAGCUCCUUUAAGUUCAGCAUAGUUUAGGUUAGUUCAUUUUUCAGGUGCAGUGAAAAUGAUUGAUGGGUCCAUGAGAAGUAUUGUUUAGAUCCAUUCAGCAUGUACUUAAAAGGUAAAGCCACUGUAACAUGAAAGGGAAAGGAGGAAUUACAUUUAGAAAAACACAUGUAUUUAAGGUGGCAAAAUGUAGGCCACUAAAGAUUGGAAGAAUUCUAAUAAUUAAUGCACCAAUAACAAAGGCAGAGAGCUAAUUUUAGGGAGAUGAAUGCUCUCCUGAAAAUAGGAGGUUGAAAUACUUUGAACAAUAGCUUGACAAAAUCAGUGUGAAGAGAAAUAUGUAAUCAAUAAAGCAGCAUUAAUCUGGCUGUAGAGUUGCAACAGUUAAUUGAUUACAAAUCAAUGAUCAAAUUAGUCGUCAUUUAUUUUGAUAAUCGUUUAAUCGGUUGGAGUAAUUUUUUUUCUUUUAAGUCAAAAUUCUCUGAUUUCAGCAUCUUAAAUGUGAAUAUUUUCUGGUUUCAUUACUCCUUUCUGAUAGUAAACUGAAUAUCUGAGUUGUGGACAAAACAAGACAUUUGCAGAUGUCAUCUGGAACUCUAGGAAACACUGAUCAUCACUUUUCACUAUUUGAUGACAUUGUAUUGAUUAAACAACUAAUUAAUUGAGAAAACAAUGAAGAGAUUAAUCGACAGUGAAAAUGUUAUCUGCAGCCCUAUAUGGCUGUUUUGAAAGUACUGUUGGACAUUUAAAGUUUUAUCUGUUAGAGUAAUGUUUACCAAGUAUGCUGAAGCAGUGUGGUAUCUGUCUUUGCUUGAGAGCUGGAGAUGCACAUUGAUCUUUAUAAUUAUAGAAAUACACAGCUUUUUAUUGCCUGACAAGUUUGUUAAAAACAGGCCUGUUCCUUUUAAAACUGUUAAGUGCUGCUUAAUUCCAUCAGAGAGCAAUGAGUUAUGAGGUGAUGAUUUGUAUUUGUACUACUACUGUGUUAUUUUUCUGAAGUUGUUUUUUCAAGUCUUAGUUGUACUGACUUGAACAAGAGUCUACAGUUUUAGACCAUUUUGGGGGUGACAUCACUUUGUGGAAUUGUUCCAGCUGCUCUACAUGUUUCAAUGGUUGGAAAACUGUAAAUAAAUGCA